UGAGCAGAGGGUUGAAUGUCUCAAUGUUUCUCAAAAGUACAGAAUAAAAGUCAGUUUGUCAAUGUCCCAAAGUUGUGUUCCCUGUUUAAUGUUGAAGUCUAUUUUGUUUCACAGAUCCAGAUUGAAGAGGCAAUACUGAAAUGUCGUAUGAAGAUGGUGGAAAAACUGUCAGAGGAAUGUGAUAUUGACCUAUGUGAGUUAGAUAAAACGGUACAACCCAUUAUUGAAUCGUGCACUAAGGACGCAAUUCUGAAUGGUAAAAGCUGGAUAUUCACACAUUGUUUCACAGAAGAUCACUGUCAACUUAUUGCACAGUAUUUAUUGAACAGGAUUACAGACAAGGAGUCCAGCUUUGACGUCAAACUGCAUCUCAUCUAUCUCAUCAAUGACCUGUUGCAUCACUGCCAACGAAAGAAUGCUGAUGAACUGAAGACUCAUCUAGAAGGCAUUGUGGUGCCAGCAUUUUGUACUGCCAGCGUUCACUUUACUGAUGACAAAAAACAAAAGUUAACCAAGUUGCUGAAUUUAUGGGAUUCUAAUAAAUACUUUGACACAGAAACAAUCAGGAAACUGAAAGACCCUGUGGAAUCUGUGGCCAAUUAUCAGGCCAGCCUUAUCACUGAGUAUGGUAACUUGGUCACACAGAUUACAGCUGCCAUCCAGUCCCAGUAUGGACAACUCCAGAAGCAGCACCAAGAAUUCGCUUCACACCUCAACCUACAGUUGCAGCAGCGACAAGAACAGCUGCAGCUGUUGCAGCAAGUGGGAGGACCACCACCUCAACAGUCAGGUUCUGUUGGACGGGACAAUUCAGCACCUCAGUCCGUACCCCCAGCAGGAGUUGCACCCCAAGUUCCCCCAACAGUGCCCCAGCAAGUUGCUCCUCCCAUCCUGCCACCCAACAUGCCCAACAGUACGGCGUCACCUGUGCCACCCGGCAUGUCAACCUCCACAAGCAUGGCAAAUAUUACCCUACCCCCUCAGCAACCUCCACCCAAUACGAGGCCUGGCCCAACACAGCCCCCCGUGAUGCCUGGAAACCCGGGACCACCACCACAGAACAUGCCACAGGGCAUGCCCCCUCAAGGAAUGCCACCGCAAGGAAUGGGCCCUGGGGUACCCCCUUCUGUACAUAAUGCUAUCACUGGAGCACCAAGAGGAGCAGCAGGUCCAUUCCCACAGGGUCCACCUCCAAGCAUGCAGCAGCCAGGCUCACAUGUGGCAAGUGGAACAGGUGGUGCCAAUACUAGUGGGCCACCACCAAACUUUGCACCUCCUAAUUUUGGUGGCCCACCCCCUCCUUUUGGCCCACCUAUGCCAAACUAUCAUAGCCGACCACCAAUGCCUGGUCCUGGAGCCGGAGGACCAGGACCUGGCCCUGGACUAAACCAAGGCCCUGGACUAAACCAAGGCCCAGGCCCUGCACAUGGCCCUGGUCCUACUCAUGGCCCAGGCUCAUCCCAUGGACCAGGUCCAGUACCUUCCCAUGGACCAGGCCCCGCACACGGCCCAGGCCCCGCACAUGGCCCAGGCCCCGCACAUGGCCCAGGCCCAGCUCAUGGACCUGGUCCCACUCAUGGACCUGGUCCCACUCAUGGACCUGGUCCCACUGGUCCAGCUCAUGGACCGGGUCCAGCUCAUGGACCGGGUCCAGCUCAUGGACCGGGUCCAGCUCAUGGACCGGGUCCAGCUCAUGGACCGGGUCCAGCUCAAGGGCCUGGUCCUGCCCAAGGGCCAGGUCCAGCCCACGGACCAGGCCCAGUCCAUGGGCAGGGUCCAGCCCAUGGACCUGGCCCCACACAUGGACCGGGACCAGCCCAUGGACCUGGCCCCAAUCAACCUCCACCCCCUCAGCUGAUUGAUUAUGGCCAUGGUUUAUUGCCUCCGCUACCCCUGGAGUUCCGUGGACCACCUACCCCUCACCCAUCAGCCCCACUCCCAAUGCCUGACUUCAGUAAACCACCUCCUGGUUUCCCUCAGGCUCCACCACCAAUACCUCUACCCACAGAAAUGGACCUCACCCCAUCUGUCCCUUACUAUGAACUCCCAGCUGGAUUAAUGUCUCUUUUGGUUAACUUGGAGGACUGUGAUUACAAGGCCCUCGAUCCCAAGGACAUCCGAUUGCCCCCUCCAAUGCCACCAAGUGAGCGACUACUAGCAGCUGUGGAAGCCUUCUAUAGUGCCCCGUCACAUGACAGGCCGAGGGACAGCGAGGGCUGGGAGAAACUAGGCCUCUAUGAGUUCCUCAAGGCGAAACAGAAAGCUAAGAAGAUCCGAGACCGAGAACUGGAGAAGGAGAAAGAGAAAGAGAAACACCAGCCGUCCGACCGCUUCCGAGGUCGGUCAAGUUCUCCGCCUCCAAGACCUCGGUCACGUUCCAACUCACCACGAACACGAUCUCGUAGAAGGUAUGAUGCUAAGAGGUCCCACUCCAGGUCACAUUCAAGAUCUAAGUCAAAAUCUCCACUGCCCUACCUGCGCAGUAGCAAGUCUCGAUCACCUUCUCCUUCCAGGACGGAAACUGAAAGAAGCCCGUCUGGCGGUGAAAACUUCUUGCAGCCUCCCAUGUUUGACCAAAGGAUCGGAGAAGAUAACAAAGGCCACCAAAUGCUGAUGAAGAUGGGUUGGAGUGGCAAGGGUCUUGGCGUCACAGAACAGGGCAUAGUUGACCCUAUAUCAGGAGGUGACUGUCGCAACCGGCAGGACAUGUACAAGGGAGUAGGAUUUGAGAUAAAAGAUCCAUUUGAGUUGAAAGAUCCGUUUGAGCAGUUCCGUAAGAGCAAAAGCCAAGGUUUUAUCCAGCGAAUGAAGGCAAGGGACGAGGCAAGAAUCGGAGAAAAAGGUAAUUGUAAAACACUAAAGUUAGUCUUCUUUGUCAUCCCCAGCUCUCACCUUUGUCAGUGUAGAGGUGCUGGUUAUUGUUGUUGAGGUUCAUCUGUUAAU